AUGGAUGCAGCAGAAAGGACCAAGCGUAAACCACUUGGUGAAAAGGAUGUCAAUUCUAUCCAGGCUAGUGUUAAGCUAAAGCAGAAGCAGAUUCAACUCCAUCUUUUUAAACAACAACAGCAACAACAACAAAAAGAGAAGCAAAUAUUUGUUAAACCUCUAAAUCUAACCAAGGAGAUAUCUUCAAGGCCUCAAGCGGCCAGAAACCUUCAAGUACUCUCGAAACGAGAUCCGGCCAAUAUACAAUUGCAGCGAAACAAGGAAAUACAAGAGUAUAAGAAGCUUGUUCAAUCUAGUGUCAUAUAUAUCGAUAACUCAUACCCAAAUACCUCGAUAACUUUAAAGAAAAUUCAGGCUAUAAAAGAGGCUUUAAUAGCUUACGGUGCAAAGUUUAUACCUUUCUUCAGCGAGAAAGUCACGCUAAUCAUAUCAGCCAGGGAAUUUGAUAAGACAUUAAAAUACCCACAACAUGAUAUCUUCUAUCACAUUGAUGGAGUCAAAAAAAGAGUCUGGUGUUACAAAAAAGUGGCCAAGAUAUUGAGAUACAUUGGUCAUGUUACAGAAUUGAGAGAUGAAAAAUCAUUGUCUACAUUGUUACAACAGGAGAAGAAUGACUACGGGGAAGGGCUAGUGUAUUUCAAUAAUGAGUAUUUCUAUGUUUAUGACUUGCUGAAGAAGUACAGUGCAAUCGCAAUUAAAGAGUGGAAAGGUGAUGAUGAGUUUCCAAAAAUGCUGGAGACAGUUAGAGGAAAAUCGUUGUUCAGCAAAAAGAAUUUUAGUCAAUCAAAGUUACAGAAUUGGAGACAACAAGAAACAAUUCACGGAAAAAUUCUAAAGGCACAAAGACAAAGAUUAAAAGAUCUUUGCUUUAUUGAUAGUGAUAUCGAUAACGAGGAUAAUACAAUUUACGCAUAUCAUGAAAGAUCAUUGAAUGAUAGUGAUUUGAUUAGAGAGGCUAGAUUUGAAGAUAGCGAUGACAUUCUGUCCAGCCCAAUGAAUGCUAAAACAAGUAGUGAUGAGGAAUCUCCGAUAAAAUCAAAAGAAUCCAUGGUACUUAAUGAUAUGAGUGCAUAUGGAAUGGCAGGGGCUUCAGAAGACAACAACGCAGAUUCCGCGAUAAGUGAAAAACUGGGGUUUUCGAAUAAUGUUUUGAAUUUUCAGUAUUCAGAUAUGAUUGCCUCUGGGAUUACUACCAAUAGUUCGGUACCUGCUAUUCUUUCCACUAAUGCUGGCGUCAUGGUAACUGGAAGAAUGAAUAUAAAUCCAUUUUUGUCAAAGAACAAGAAUUUGAAGAGGAGAUUGAUAGCUGGGGGAGACUUUUCAAAACGACAGAAGGUGCCUGCUCAAGUGAAGAGAAUUGUUGAAAAACAGCAAGAUCAGCGAAAUCCCGGAGAAGAAAAGAAAAAUAAAAAUAAGAAGAUUGAUCACGACAGACUAAAAGGCUUGAAUAAGUGUGAAAAUUGUAACACAUAUUUUUCAGACUUCCAAAAGCAUUGCAAAACAAGGAAACAUGUUGCCUACGCCACCGAUCCAAGUAACUUUAUUAACAUUGAUAAUUUAAUUUCUGAGUUGAAUAGUACCAGAAGAAAAAUGCCGAUAAAGCAGUGA